AUGAUGAUAGCCUUUAGUGGAAGAUAUGGCUUUGGAUAUAGUGAAGCUCAAGACCUCUGCUGCCACUGCACUUUCGGAGACGGUACCAUGAGGAACGACUUAGUCGAAAUAACAACGAUUUGCCCAGAUGUCGAGAACUCUCAGUUCCUUGUGCAAAGCAGCUGUCCAGACACCAUUCCGGAGAUACUAAAGUGUCAAAGUGCCGCUGAAAACUGCAGCAGCAUCAUUUACCAGCAGCGUAGUCUGCCUAGAAUCAAAAUCCUGGGUACUGGUGGGACGAUUGCGUCUAAGGCUGUAGACUCGUCUCACACUGCUGGCUAUCAUGUGGACUUGACUAUCCAAGACCUUCUGGAUGCUAUUCCAGACAUAUCUAAAAUUUGUGAAAUCGAAUACGAACAGCUGUGCAAUGUCGACUCGAAAAACAUAGAUCAAGACGUUCUUUACAAGAUCUAUAAAGGUGUCUCGGAAUCACUACAAACUUUUGACGGUAUAGUCAUCACCCAUGGGACAGAUACGCUAUCCGAAACCGCAUUUUUUAUUGAGAGCACCAUUGAUGCUGGCGAUGUCCCCAUUGUGUUCGUUGGUUCGAUGCGUCCUUCGACUAGUGUUUCUGCUGAUGGGCCCAUGAACCUUUACCAAGCGAUUUGCAUUGCUUCCAACCCAAAAUCAAGGGGAAGAAGUGUUCUUGUUUCGCUGAAUGAUCAAAUCUCUUCUGGUUACUACAUUACCAAGACAAACGCAAACAGUUUGGAUACUUUCAAUGUAAGACAGGGGUAUUUGGGGAAUUUCGUCAACAAUGAAAUCCACUAUUAUUAUCCGCCUGUGAAGCCCCAAGGUUGCCAUAAAUUUAAAUUGAGGUUAAAUGGCGAAGACUUCAAAUUACCAGAAGUUUGCAUCUUGUAUGCUCACCAGGCUUUUCCCUCGUCUAUAGUCAAGCUGGUAGCAGAUAAAUAUGAUGGUAUUGUUCUCGCCACCAUGGGUGCUGGUUCAUUGCCCGACGAAGUUAAUCAGGCAUGCAUGGAGUUGACUUUACCCAUCAUAUAUUCCAAGAGAUCGAUGGAUGGUAUGGUUCCUGUUGCUAAUUUGCCAAGAAACGAUUCAAAGGGCCAUAACAUCAUUGCAUCUGGUUAUCUGAGCCCUGAAAAAAGUAGAAUUUUGUUGCAACUGUGUUUGGUAGGUAAUUAUACUCCUGAAGAAAUCAAACAUGUUUUCACAGGCGUCUAUGGUGGUUGA